GUUGCGAACUCGCGUUUCUGUUGUCUCCAGUGAGAAAUGUGUGAGAGCAAGCGACGCGUGCGGUUCUGUGUCCGAGUUUGUAAUCAUCAGUACGAGGAAAUAACUGCAAUACUGAACUCUAGAAACAAAUAUUCUUUAGUUAGAUUAAAGUGUUUAUGAGACGUAUUGUUUUGAAAGAAUAGGAACAAGUUUGGUAAUCAUCUCACAACUGCCUUCUGAACAUGUAACCGUGCGUGACAGGUCCCGUGCCCUCCAGAGAAAUGUUUUCUGUACCGCGAAUAUUGAAUUACGAGUGUACAUUUGAUGAUCUCCUGCGGUGCUAAUUCAGUUUCUAGUUUGGAAAAUUGUUUAUUAUUCGACAUAUUUGUCUCUAAUUUUCUGUUAUCAAGCAAUAUAUUUCCUUCCUGAAAUGAUAACUUACAAUUUCAUUGGUUACUGUUAGUUUUCUUAUUUGACAUUGAUCUAGCUCGUUUUAAUUUCAUUGCUGCUAUUUUGAGACAAACAUAUCUUGUCUUCAUUACACAAUGUUUUAAGGAUUGAUAUUUUCCAUAACUAUGGCAGAAAUCGACAUGGCUGAGACAGCUACUGCAGACGAAGCAUUGCAUUGCUUCGUUUGCGACGUAGCAGUAACAGGAAAGCAUUACACUUUAGCUACAUGCCGAACUCAAAGUUCAAAUAUUCGCCUAAUAGAAAAAUUGGGACAGCUUGUGGGAGAGAGGUACAUGGUUGUUAUUUGUGAGGAUGAUAUAAUAUGUCGAGGAUGUGCCAACUUAAUCAACACUCUAGAUAGACUUGAAAAUGAAAUGGAUUCUGUGCGUAAAGUUGUUUUGCGCUUUUUAGAAAAAAAAUAUUCUCUGGAAGAAGGAGAACUCAUAAAUAAUAAGACUUCAGCUUAUGGACUGCCUCCUCAAAUUACUCCACGUAAUAUGAGCCCAAGAUCAGUUAUGUCAGAGAACUUUAUGUACCAGAAAAGAAAAGCUGCUCUUUCAGAAUUGGAAAAUGAAACUAAUUAUAGUGUUUGUGAUAAAUCAAAGAAGUCAAAUUCAAAGAAUGAUGUUUGGAUGCAGUGUGACAAGUGUAAAUAUACUACUCAGUAUGAUGCUUUCAUGAAUUAUCAUGUGCGUCAACAGGUGAAGAAGAAGAAAGUAGAUCAGACCUGUGAAUCUUGUGGAACAGAAAUGGUUAAUGGAUGUUGUGCUCAGAAUUGUAAUAUGAGGAAAGAUCCUAGCUCAUUUACUUCCACAUCAUCAGUUCUGAAGACUGACCUGCCUAAACAAACUUCAAAAAUGAAUAGUGGAAAUGAUACUAAUAAUAAGCAAAGUAGAUUACGGUCAAGAGAAAGUUCAGAAGCUGAGACUGUGGAGAUGAUAGCUGCAGAAAUUAGUGAAUUUACUGGAGUAAAUGGAACCAGGCCAGAAUUAGUGUUGACUGGAGUGCAGGAAAGUGUAUCUUCUAGUGCUACCAGCAUUGAAGGGAACACAAAAUUAUUGACUGACUGUGAGAAUUCUUCACAGACUUCUAGUUGUGUGAAUACUCAUGGUGAAACUAUACCAUCUUCACUUGCAAAUGAAGAAAUGAUCAUUCCUGUCACUGAAAUGACUCAUGAACAAGUGCAGCAACAGCUUGCUGCUGGUAACAUAGAAGUACAAAUGGAAGGUCAAGAUGGGUCAGCUCCUACAGCAAUAUGUGUUAUGGAAAUGUCGGAAGAUCCUACUCCAGAAUCUACUUUGGUAACUGUGCAGAAAAUGGAAGAUGAUAAUAAUGCAGUAUAUGUUCAAGUUGUGGAAGUAGGUAAAGAUGGUGAUAUAGAUGAAACUUCUAAUAUUCCUAAGGUGUUGACUGUGUCUGAUGAUGGGACAGUAGAAAUGGUAGAGGUAAUGUGGGAUGAUAUGGUAGGUACUGAAGUUGAUUCAGGACAGAGUUUACAAUUUUAGCAGUUUCACUAUUAGGUUUUGAUUUUCAGAAGUCAAUUAUUUUCUGUUUGUAGUUUUUGUUUUUUUAAAUGAAGAUUUGUUGAAUAAUAUUGUAUAAUUAGUUUCUAAAAUUGCAUUAGAUUUGUACAAUAUAACUUAUUUUCAUUUGUAGAAUAAUUAUAGUAUUCUCAUUUCAUUUCACAAAAGCAAUCAUAAAAUUAAGAUGUUUAUUACAAAGAAGUAAAAUAUGGAUUUCAUUAAACAGUUGAGCAAAACAUGACGUUCAAUGUCAGAAGUACCUGUGAAAUGUUAUAUUUUGUAUUAUGUAUAUAAUACACAGAAAAUAUGCUUGAAUUAAUUUGUACUCUUAUGUAGGCUUCCACAGUCAUAUGCUCCUUUCUGGAGUAAAACCUCCCAAAUUCAAUUUAUAGUUACUAAAUGCACAUGAUUUCAUGGUAUUAAAAUCUUAAUGGAACAUGCAUCAACUUUUGAUGCAUUAGAGAAAUCUCAUUGCAAUUAGUAAAUAUAACUGUCAAUUGUGAUUCUUGUUUUCUUUGUAUUAUUAUAACAUAUUGUGUGGUGAUAAAUUAAUAUACUUGAAAACCGAGACUAUAGGAAUCAAAAAGAAAAUGUAUAUACUUUUGUUUUACUGAAUGCAUACAAAAGUAUAAAAAUGUAAAUGUUCAUGAUUUGGGUAUGUGUGUCUGUACUUGUAUGCAUAUUAAUGGCAUGUUUUUAUACACAUUUGUUAUUGUUCUGAAUUCCAUGUGUUUGCAUAUAUUAUGCAUUUCAAAAUACUUUCUAUUUAGAAAGAUUAUUAUGAAGAUAGAUUUGUAUGAGAUGCUUACAUUAUGGGUUGCUGUGCAACUACGAUCUUCCCAGAAGCACAAUGAGUAUAAGCAAUAGCAAUGCAAUUCUGUGAAUAUUUUAUUCAUAAAUUAUAAAGGAAGUUAUUUGUAAUUUGUAAAAAUAUUACUAAAUGUAUUCAUUUUUCUUAUUGGGAGAAUAUGUGUAAAAUAUUUCAGAAAAUUCAAUAAAAUAAACAUUUUUGUACACAUAGUUACACUUGUAUCCCUUGUGCACCUCAGGUCUAUUAAAAUAAAAGAUUUAUGUG